AUGAAGCACGAUCAAGAUGAAGAUACCUGUUUCCAGGAAGCUGAUCAGUACAAGGAUGCUGAGCUUGAGGUCUCCAAUCUGCUGGGCAAGGACACCCCAAUGCUUCCUUGCUUGCUCCCCUCGCCCUCAGAAGCCAUUGGUACCGAUGGAAGCAGCACAACCUGCGGUGCGGGUGGCAGUGUUUCCAAUUCCAUCGCGCCAUCGACAACCACCAACACUUUCGCCGCGCCCUCGAUGUUCCAGCAGACGAGCGCAAGCAAUUCAGGCACCUUCGCUCCGCCUCCGGCGCCACACAUGUCCGCGACAGCGCUCCUGCAGAAGGCAACAGAGGCUGGAGCGACGCAAUCGAGUUCAUCGUUCUUGAAGGAGCUUGGGCUUCCCUCUUCCUCUUCGUCAUCGCCUCCAUCAAAGCAGCAACCCCAAGGAAGGAUCGCUGAUAUCAGCGCGGAACCAUGGCAGUACCGGAGGAAUCAGCAAAUGGAGAUGGAGCGCCACCAGAGUCAUCAGCGGAGGGAGAUGGAGUCCAGUUCACAACCAUGGCACCCCCGUAGUACUCAGCAAAUGGAGAUGGAGCGCCACCACCUGAGUCAUCAACAAAGGGAGAUGGAGUCCAGUUCGCAACAAUGGCACCACCACCGGAACGACCAGCAGAUGAUGGGGUUGGAGAGCUACCGGAGUAAUCAGCAAAUGCAGAUGGAGAUGGAGUCCAGUUCGCAACGAUGGCUGCACCACAGGGGCUAUCAGCAGCAAAUGGAGAUGGAUUCCAGUUUGCAACGGUGGCCGCACCACAGGAGCAACCAGCAGCAAAUGGAGAUGAUGGAGCGGCACCACCGGAGUAACCAGCAGCAAAUGGAGAGGGAGUCCAGCCAGAUGCUAUCUGGCUGUCUCGGCCUUGGCCUUGCAUACGAAAGUGGAAACUCAGGCUUGCCGGACCUGAUGAUGGGACCAUCACCACUGUUCGGUCCUAAGCCUGCUGCAACGCUGGACUUCCUUGGGCUUGCAUCGGAGGGACCAUGGGCGGCUCCACGGUUGCCAACCGUGGCCUCCCGGCAUUGA